GUGUUUUGAACUUCACCUAUAAAGAUGGGCAGAAUUUUCCUUGACCACAUCGGUGGCACCCGCCUGUUUUCCUGUGCGAACUGCGACACGAUCCUAACCAACCGCUCCGAGCUCAUCUCCACUCGCUUCACAGGUGCCACCGGCAGGGCAUUCCUUUUUAACAAGGUAGUUAACCUGCAGUACAGUGAAGUUCAAGACCGGGUCAUGCUUACGGGCCGCCACAUGGUUCGAGAUGUGAGCUGCAAAAACUGCAAUAGCAAACUGGGAUGGAUCUAUGAAUUUGCCACUGAAGACAGCCAGCGUUAUAAGGAAGGCCGUGUGAUCCUGGAACGCGCUCUAGUUCGAGAAAGUGAGGGCUUUGAGGAGCAUGUACCAUCUGAUAACUCUUGAAGAAAAAUAGAGAAAUACCAUCUUUUCCCAGGUCUCCUUCACUGAAAACAAAAACCUACUUACAUACACUGUCACCUUAGCAUCAGAGUCGGAUUCAUGGACUGCAGAACAAGAGCUUGUGAGAAUCUAAGAUGGAAACUUUCUUUCUUUCUUAUUUUUUAAAAAUUUUCCAUCCAACAGCAGUGUGUAGAGAAUAUUAUGCAGAUGCCAUUAAGUUUUUUUUGUUUUUUGUUUUUUCCUAUGUUUACAUCUUGAGGCAGGGUAGUCUAUCUGCAGCUAUAUAAUAAUGGGCUAAGUGAGGACAAAAAUCUGGGCUAUUAGAGUGAAAAGUGUUUCAUGUCAAUUUUUGAAAGGAAAAUAAUGUCAAGAGCAUGGUUUUUAAACAUACUUAGGCUUCGUUUUACAACCUUUUUAAAAACUCAGUUAUUUCACCUGGUUCGCUAGCUUCAGAGAAGAGAUCCGAAUGUGUGACCAGCGCUAAAGGUCCAGUGUUGGCGUGGCUUGUGCUGGCCAUUGUGCCAUAUUCCUGUUGGAGAUGAACCGUAGCACCAGAGCCCAUUCUUCCUUGUCAAUCUUGACCCAAAGAUGUCACCAUUCCUAGUUAUUUGUCACCACAUAAUUGGUGUUGAUUGGAAAGUUUACCUGAAACGGGGCAGAGCUGCUUGGUUGUCUUUUCCCAUGUAACUUAAGCAUAGUAAUAUAAAUAAAGUGAUAGUUGGA